AUGGCCGGAGUAAGGAGAUCAGCCGCGAUGAAGAACAGAAAUGGCGUCCGAUGUGCAUCUGGUAAUGGACGUCCGAUUCCGGUGAGAGGUCAAGUGAAGAUAGCGAUUGUGUUAGGAUUAGCUCAGUCUGUGGCAUCCUUCUUCUCCUCUAAUGGCCGAUCCAAAAAAGAUGAGCACCAUUUGGGCAUUGGCAGAGUGCUCGAAAGAGAGAUAAUCAGUCGGAAAUGGAAAAUUCGAUCAGGGUGCAUGGAAGCCGACAUCGAUACGGUGGGAAACCAUCUGCAGUCGAAGUUGGGAACUGACUACGCACCUGAAAUAGAAGAUGCAGACUGA